AUGUCCCGACGCAACUCUUCUUUCUCGGAACACGCUCCCCUAAUCCGCGCCUCUUCCCAACCCAUUUCCAUAACGUCUGGACCCUCCUACCACCACAUCCCUCGUCGCUCUUUCUUCCAGAAGCUCUCAAAUAGCUAUCGAAUGUCUCGAACUUCUGUCAAAACCUUUCUGUCCUCUGGCGCUCAACACUACACUGUUCUUCUCCUUGUCGCAUGCGAUUUAAUUGGCAUUUUCGCAGAUAUCAUUAUAAAUCUUUAUCAAUGCGACAAUGAUAAGGAAGGCAAGACAGAACCAAUUUGGAAUGAAGUGAGAGACGGCUUGGGAAUUGCUGGAUUAAUAUUCAGUUGUUUUUUUAUGGUAGAAUUAAUUGCCAGCGUUUGGGCUUUUGGUUGGAGGUACGUAUUCUUGACGGUUUCUUUCCUUUUCUCGGAUACUGUACUAUGUACAGAAGAGAUCAAUACGGAGCCCCAAUGUCCGAAGACAAACAAGUUGCUUGUUGACGGGUUGGGGAAUUUACCUCGCUUCUGGAGCUCGACUCGAUCUGCUGCUGCUCACUAUUUCCGUAGUAAAUUCCACUGCUUUGAUGCCGCUGUGAUUCUUGCCGGGUUCAUUGUCGAUGUACUACUCCACGGUGUCCUCGAAGAAGUCGCCUCUCUUGUCAUCAUCCUCCGUCUCUGGCGUUUCUUCAAAAUCAUCGAAGAAUUCAGCGUUGGUGCACAGGAACAAAUGGAUGGGCUCGAAGAACGAAUUGAACAACUUGAGAUGAAAAACAGAGAGUUGAUGGAAGAACUUAGAACGAGAAAAGGUGGUGAUGAGGAUUUGGAGAAUGGGGAAGGUGAUUUGGGGGUAUUCGAGUGA